AUGGACGCUAUACUCCCAUACCUGCCCCAACAUGCGGGCUUCCUCCCAAAGUGGAUGCUCUUUACCUCCAUAGUCGCAAUUGGCAACUCCGUCCAAUCCUUCGCAACCCUCUAUUACACUCGCCGCAUCUACAACAUCGACCCCGCGCGCCCCAAGGCCCUCCCUGCCACCCCCUCGGCCCCUGUCCCGCACUCCCCGCUCGUCACCCCCCUUUCCGCUCGCACCUUCGGAACCUGGACCUUCAUCGCUGCCCUUGUCCGCCUUUUCGCCUCUUACAACAUUGAUAACCCGGCUUUCUACGCCCUUGCGCUCUGCACAUACGCCGUUGCCUUCGCGCACUUCGCGAGCGAGUGGCUCAUUUUCGGAACUGCGGAGUGGGGUUCGCCGCUUGCUGGGCCAAUAGUCGUCAGCACCUCAACUAUAACAUGGAUGUUGAUGCAGAAGGAGUUCUAUGUUGCUGCAUAG